AAGAAUGUACAACAAACAUUCCCAUACGCAGUCGCGUCAAUCGUGAACGAUCGAACGGCGGUUGUGGUUGUGUUCCAGUAGUAAUUGCCCAGAUUUAGAUCGCCCCCCAAAAAAACCUACUUCUUGCAAAUCAUGAAGCUCAAUUUUAGUUUACUACUGCUGUACGGUUUGCUGUUGAUGCUGGCGCACUCCGCCACUCACGCAAAACCCCUGCGCGAAGGUGACAGUGAGCUGAUAGCGAGACUGCAGCGAUACAAACGACAGUUUUCGCUCAACUUUGGCGCCACGCACGAGGAUGGGUACGGGACGGACGUGAACGCGGAAGCGAUCGCCAGCCUGUGGAAAAGCCAGAGCGGCAACACCAAGCUGGACGGUUCGGCCAGCUACACGCAGCAUUUCGGCGGCCUUUCGGGCGAUGGUAAAGCGCGCAUUAGCGGAAUGUUGACUUUCUCGCACGGUUACUGACACGUGUCGUCCUUUCGCCACUCUCGGGUUGCAGGACGAGAUUACCGGCUGAAGCUGAAGGUAGUUUUUACUCGCUAGGUUUACCCUCUUUCGGUUAUGACGCUAGGUCACCAGGAGUCACCCGUGGAAGGGAAAACAAACCGGUCAUCAUGAUGUUGUUGUACCUACUAGUAGCUACUAAGAGUAUUAAACUCUCACACACGAUAUCACCGUGUUCCUUAUGGCCGCA